AUGGCCGAGUCCUUGGAGAAGGAGAAGGCGGAGCUGGACAGAUGGAAAUCAUCAGCACUCGUCGAGAUAAGCGACCACAAGAAUGCUGUGGCCAACGCAGCAGCAGCUGCCCUCGCUCUUGAGGGGCCACAAAGUAUGGCCAAGAUCCGAUGGAAACUGGCCACAGCAAGAAUUGUGAAUCUGUUGGGGAAGAAGGACAAGAUGUCGUUGGUGGAGAAAAUGAAGAAGAACAUGAAGAAUUCUAUGCUAGCAACCGUGCCAGACUUCUCCCAUGUCCCGACAGAAAGGCAAAAGUCAACUGUGGAGAUGGUAGAGUCGCGAUCCAUGCAGGAAAUGCUUUUGAGGGGCAUUCCAUGGUUGCGCCGGGUAGUGACUGGCUACCCCUUCGAGCUGUUUUUUGUGAGCUUGAUCCUCUUGAACUGCAUCUCCAUGAUGGUUCAGAUUGAGCUUUUUGGGCUGGCCCUGGCCACCACCCUCGGCAUCCAAACUGGAACAACCAGUGAGUAUGGCGAGGUGUUCUUUCUCAUAGAGCUAGGUUUUGGCUUUGUCUUCUCCGCUGAGAUUCUGAUCAAGUUUUUUGCCUUUGGCUUGUUGGACUUUUGGAAGUUUGGCUGGAACUUGCUGGACCUGUUCAUUGUCCUGACCUGGGCAGUUGACGCCGGAGGACUGGCGGUGGAGAUCAACCCCAUGGUGUUCCGGAUGCUGCGGAUUGCAAAAUUGGGACGUAUAGUGAGGGUGCUGAAGGUUAUCCAGCGCUUCGACUCACUUCACCUCCUUUUGGGCUCCAUCCGCGCAUCCUUCGACAUCCUGGCAUGGUCUGCCCUUGUGCUCCUGAUUCUCAUGACCGUCUGUGCUUUAGCCCUCUCGCAGUUUCUUCAGGGGUGGAUAGAGGCAUCCACUGCUGCAGAUUCUGCCGUCAGACAGGAAGUUUGGACAUUGUUUGGGACUGUGGGGCGCGCAAUUGUAUCCAUGUUCGAGCUCACGCUCGCAAACUAUUCAGGCAUCACACGAUCUCUGAUGGAGAAUGUCAGCGCCUGGUUUGCUGUUGCAAUUCUGAUCUACAAGCUGGUGGUCGGUUUUGCAGUGCUCAAGGUCAUUACGGGUAUCUUCAUUCAGCAGACUAUGCGCGUAGCAAACGAAGAUGAUGAGCUCUUGCUCUUGCAGAAGAAGCGGCUGGUUGACAGCCAUGCCAAAGGAGUUGGCAUGCUCUUCCGUGAGUUGGAUGAAGAUGGCAGCGGUGCACUUGAUGAACAAGAGUUCAAACGUGCACUUAAAGAUCCGCGAUUCAAGAUUUGGAUGGCUGCGCUGGACUUGCAAUCCUCAGAUGCAGAGAAUCUGUUCAAGCUCCUAGAUGAUGGAGACGGACAGAUUUCCUAUCAAGAGUUCCUUGCUGGGGCGAAGAGGUUGAAAGGGUCCGCACAGUCUAUCGAUUUGGUGACUCUGAUGCGCAGCUGCGGUCAAAUGCAAGUUGACAUUCAAGAGAUGCGAGUUGUUGUGGACAGAUUGGCGGACAAGAUGACUUUAAUGAAGCGUUGA